AUGCGAUUCUUAUGUUUACACGGACGAGGGACCAACUCGGAUAUACUCGAGGCUCAACUCGCACCACUACGUCGUCGCCUGGCACAGCAUACGCUGGAAUUUUUUGACGCCCAAAGUGCAUGUGCCCCGGCCCCGGAGAUAUCGGAUCUAUAUCCGCCGCCAUAUCUGUGCUGGUACGAACACGGCCGCCCCGACGAGGUCUCGAUCGCACUAGACGAGCUGUGUGCUGUGCUCGAUGAAGAUGGACCAUACGAUGGCCUGAUUGGGUUCUCAGAGGGCGCGGCGCUGAUAGCCAGUCUUUUGUUAUUCGAUGAACUGGCCGGGCGCCGUCCUCGUAUCCAAUUGGCUGUACUAUUCAACAGCGUAGUGCCGCUCACUGCCCACCCCGCAGGCGUGCAGCACACAUCCUCCUUACUUAGCGAGCUCGUGCAUGGGCAUCACGAUCACUAUCUGGCUCUUCUCAAGACAGAUGAACAGGUGGAUGAUCCUUUGGCUCAAGCAUGGGGUUUCAGCCCAGCCGGGCCUCUCCGCAUUGCCGUCUCAACCGUCCAUAUCAUUGGUGAUCAGGAUCCGUUUGCCCCCUCGUCACAGCUGGUAGUCAAGAUGUGCCAACCUGAACGGGCACAGGUGCUUCGACAUGGGGGUAGUCAUGCAUUACCGCAAGCUGGAGACGUGCUUGACCAAUGUGCAGAGCUUAUUGAGACCAGUAUUAUGCUUUCUUCAUUGAAAAUCUAA